GGUCCACCUGGACGAGCAGGCUUUCCGGGAGACAAAGGAUCAUUGGGCAUUCCUGGAAGAAUGGGAGCACCAGGAGAGCCAGGUCUGUCUAUCAUUGGCCCACGAGGACCUCCUGGACAGCCCGGUACUAGAGGAUUUCCAGGCUUUCCGGGCCCCAUUGGCUUGGACGGGAAACCCGGACAGAAUGGUCCAAAAGGUGAUAUGGGUCCUCGCGGUCCUAAAGGAGUACCAGGUGAACCUGGUCCAAAAGGAGAGAAGGGUGCAUGCGGAGAGUACACUCACAGGAAACGCCGUAUUGUCAACGCCUCAGCUGGAGGACAGGCCACACAGAUGCUGCCCUUCACCGUUCGCAAAAUGCCCUCAAUAAGCCCUCUAAUCCUAAAGCACCUCAAGCAGGGUGAGCCUGGAGCACAAGGACCACCGGGACCUCCUGGCCCCCCAGGCCCACCUGGGCCUCUUGGCCUAACUGGUGCUAUUGGGCCUCCGGGGAAACCUGGAGAACCUGGAAAACCUGGAAAAGACCCAAAGAUGCUACCAGGGCUGAAGGGUGAACCUGGCGUACCUGGACAAAAGGGUGAUCGUGGUGAAGCAGGCCCAAGUGGACCAGAAGGCCCCAUGGGAAUUAAAGGAGAUGAAGGACAGAAGGGCGAUCAAGGAACGGAUGGGCAGAGAGGAGAGAAGGGUGAGCUAGGGAUGCCUGGAAUGCCUGGGAAACAAGGAGUGAAGGGAGAGCCUGGUUUCCCAGGUAUCCCUGGGCGAAAGGGUCAGACAGGUCUUUCUGGUAUCCCUGGAAAACGGGGCUACAAGGGAGAGAAAGGUGAGCCUAGUGCUGCAGGAACUGGCAUUAAAGGAGAACCAGGUGUCGCAGGACAGCCAGGUCAAGCUGGACCCAAGGGUGAGAAAGGUGAUCAAGGCAUAAAGGGUGACCCUGGCCUGGAAGGUCCAAGGGGUCCUCCAGGGCCAACUGGGGAGCCAGGAAAAACUUUAGUCAACAACAACGAAAAUGAUAUUCGUAAUGUGCAUUCAAUGGGUGCUCCUGGUCUGCCUGGACCUCCUGGGCCUCCUGGUCUUCCUGGGACCCCUGGUUUAAAGGGUGAUGUUGGACUUCCAGGUCCGCCAGGUGUUGAUGGAGAAAAGGGUCCAAGAGGAAAGCCGGGAGAACCUGGACCCAUCGGCCCUCCUGGACCAGAGGGAGCACGAGGAGAAGGAGGAGUCAUGGGUUUCCCUGGGCCAAAAGGAGACAAGGGAGACAUGGGCCCCUCAGGAUCGCCUGGUUUAGAUGGCCCUACUGGAGAAAAGGGGGUUUCAGGGCCCCCUGGCCAUAUUGGAUUGCCAGGCCCAAUGGGUCAGAAGGGUGAACCUGGGGAGAAAGGAGAUAAAGCAGAGCUGGUCUAUGGGCCUGCUGGACCUCCAGGACCUGCUGGGCCAGUUGGGCCAAUGGGAUCUCCAGGUUUGUCAGGACCAAAGGGAGAGCCAGGAAUAGGCCUGAAAGGAGAGAAGGGAUCAUCUGGACAAAAGGGAGAUAAAGGAGACAGGGGCCAUCUUGGACUUCCUGGGGCUCAUGGUUUAGACGGCAGGCCUGGUCCAGUGGGUCUGAUAGGACCAGCAGGAGUUCCUGGACCUGCAGGACCAAAAGGGGAAAUGGGGGAAAAGGGUGAUAUGGGAGUAGCAGGACCAAUUGGGCCUCAAGGCAUCCCUGGUUUAGUAGGACCACCGGGAUUAAAAGGAAUCAAGGGGGAGAGGGGCAAGAAAGGCAACAGGGGGGCCAAAGGGGAUAAGGGAGACCAAGGAGCCCCUGGAUUAGAUGCCCCGUGUCCGUUGGGUGAUGAUGGUCUGCCAGUACCAGGGUGUUGGAAUAAAGGUCAGAAUCCGUUCCAGUUAGCCAAGAAGUAAUCCCGAAGGGAGAUCCGCAUGGUUCUGAAUUGAUUUCCUUCACAAACACCACAGAAACUUGAAGAGACUUCGGGAUAUCUUUUUGUGUUUGAGCUGCUCUUUCGGCGGCCGUUUGAAGGAUUUUGUUUCCUGUAGUACUGGAAGGUUCCACAUGGAGGCAGACGUAAGCAGACUGGCUGAGUUACAGAGAGGACAGUACUGCGGAGGUAGCCUGUUGUUUUACACUCUUUUCUUUCUCUUUUAUAUUAUUCACUAUGUGAAAGGAACAUGUUAGCACAUUUUGUUCUUUGUUGACAAUGUUGAACACAAUGAUUCAUGUUUGUGAUCAGAGGAUUCAGCGCAGCUCGUUGAACAUGCAGAUGUGGUCUGAGUGUUCUUGUGUUUCCAGACAAACCAAAGAAAGAAAAAAAAAUCUCUGAUGAUUCCUGAUUCAAAUAUCACUGCCUUCUGUUGAGAGUUGUAGGUAGAAUGUAAGACAUACAUUUAUAUGAUGCAUUUUAUAUUAGUAAUUAACAUGUGCGCACAUAACAAUUGCGCUUGUAUAGCAUUACUUUUUUUUAAUUGAGAGAAUCAAAUAGUACCACAGCUAAAAACAAAGUCAUCAUUAAAGACUACUUUGACGCUCAAUAUACCAAAAAAAGAUUUGAACAAAUGUUGCUGCUUUCAACAAGGGCAUUUCACUCCUAUAAACAUAAAUCCCAAUACUGACUCCAUCUGUGUAUUUUGCAGACUCCUUGAAAUGAAAAUAACUGAUCACAGUUUGUUUGGAUAAAUCUUUUUUUUUUUUUCUUUUACUGAAUGGCUGUACCUUUAGGAAUGUACGAGGCAGCUAAAGCAACAAAUUUAGACCAGCAGUGACACAUUGGGCAUUUCAUUUAUUGUUAGUUCAUCACAUGUGUGACCUUCAGAUAAACUAUUUGUUUAUACGCGGCACUUAUGCCUGCAACCGAUUCGAGUAAACCUCUUUGUUAUGUAAAAUCUAUUUUUGGUUGUCCAAUAUGCAAGUGAUUAACAGUUCACAGAACACAUACUGCUACAUGGCGACAGAACCACAUCAAUAAAAACAGGAUUUGUGAGGGGGAAAAUCAAAAGUUCCAACCUGGAUCAAAAAAAAACUGAUGUGGUGUCUGACUCGUACAAGCAGCUAUGUUUUCUUUUCUUUUUUAAAAUCCUAUUGCAAGCAUUCCUUGUGUUAUAUUUUAACAACUGUUUCAGACAUUGGUUGUACAUAACCUAAUUGUCCUUUGUUUCCCUGAUAACAAGGCUAUUACUAUUUAAAUCGAGCAUAUUCAAGACUCAAGCACAACUGUUUUCUUAUCAAAAAACUUUGUUUUCUUGGUCAGAAUCUGAAUUAUAUAUCAAGUAAUUGAUAAAUCAAUAUGUGGUUGUUUAUUGAUUAUGUCAGAGAGAAUAAUUUUGAUAAAGACACUAUAUAGCAGUGGUUCUCAAACUGGUAAGUGUACCACUAGUGGUACGCGGGCUUCCUUCUAGUGGUAUGUGCAUGAAUCAAAUAUGUCUGUACAUGCUACAUAUAUUUAAAUAAAUUAUCACAAAUUAUUUGUAUAUUAAUAUGAUGACAAAGUCUAUAUUUAAGGUCUAGCAACAUUUCCAGGUGCUGAUAAACCAGGAUUUUCCCCCUUUUUUCUUUUUACUUUUUAAGAACAGUAACCUACCAUUUUUUAACUUUUAAACGCACAUUUUAAUUCAUAUGUUCGUAAUAAUAGGAACUAAUCUGCCUCAUUUUUAAACUGUACAGAGUUUUAGCUGCUUUACUGGACCUAAUACGCUACUGUAUUUCAAUACUGCUCAUUAUGAUGGUACUUGCUGUUACGAACCCCUUUUUUUUUUUUAAAACAACACAAAAUUAAUUCAUAAAGGGGAUGCAACAUAAAGAGUAAACAUAAACGAGGUUGUCUAAAUUAAUAAAAUUAUUACAACCAAAACAAUUAAACAAAUCAUGUGUCACAACUAAGUAAGAAUCAAUAAAGAAUCAAAAACUCACAUUCUCCAACAAACAUACAACAAUUAACCUAAGACCAAACAACCCAACAAUUAACAAAUUAGAUUAAAGUAAGACUUAAAGCAAACAAAACAGUAAAUUAAAGAAAAUAAAAAGAAGAUUGUAGGCUGGCUGUGAAGUCUCAUCUCUCUCUCUCUCUCUCUGCUCAAUGUAUUUAUAGCCAAUUUUCAACGAGCACAACUCGCCGCAGGUGCGCAAAGGCGGACUCUAGGAAACAAACAGUGAGUGACGUCAUGACACACACACGCAAGCACAACACAGGCAACAGCCCUAACACUUGCAAAGACAACUUUUUUUCUGAGGUGGUACUUGAUGAAAAACCUUUGAGAACCACUGCUAUAUAGUAUAUACAUGUAAAAUCAGC